GAGAAAGAUCGUUGAUCCGCCAUAUUGAAUGAAACUGCAGAGGAAUUCCCGCCUGAGAUGUUGAUAUCCUUAUAGAUUGGUCAAAUUUAAGAGUGCAUCGUUGACUUUUCUGCCUCAAUCAUAACAAUAUGACAUCUAAUUCUCUGGUGAAUGCUUCAUGAAUCGAAAGAUUGAGUGACACUUGCUUUCAGAUUGUCAAAUGUGACGGAAGAAGAGAGCUUCUUCAGGCAGUUUAUUUUCGUUUCUUGUUUUCACAUAGCUACCAAGAUGUUUUGGAAGUUUAACUUAUUAACGUCUUCUCAUAUUGACACCUUGUUGGAAAAAGAGGAUGUGACUCUGCACGAGCUGAUGGAUGAAGAUGACAUCCUGCAGGAAUGUAAAGCACAGAACAGAAAGCUGAUUGACUUCAUUAUCCGUCCAGAGCACAUGGAGGAAAUGGUGAAUAUGAUAACAGUAGAACCUUCAGAAGACGUGGAAGAAAAAGUCAAAUACAAAUACCCAAAUACGUCAUGCGAGUUGUUGACAUCCGAUGUAUCCCAGAUCAAUGAUGCUCUGGCUGGGAGUGAGGCUCUGAUACACAAGCUGUAUGCCUUUCUUGAGACGAACGAGGUCCUCAACCCUCUUUUGGCCAGCUUUUUCAGCAAGGUCAUGGGUCUCCUCAUCACACGCAAAAGUGAAAUGAUAUUUGAAUUUUUAAAGUCCAGAGAAGAUUUUAUUGGGACACUUUUAAAACAUAUAGGCACCUCAGCAAUAAUGGACCUUCUCCUCAGGCUACUUACCUGUGUUGAGUCACCUGAAAUCAGGAGAGCUGUGAUCGAGUGGUUAAAUGAGAACCAGAUCGUAGAAAAAUUAGUUGGAUGCUUUAAGACAUCAACUGAUGAAGAUGUUCACUGCAAUGCAGCCCAGUCUCUAUGUGAUAUUGUACGGCUAGGGAGGGAACAGCUGUCACAACUACAGGACAAGCCAGAGCCGGACCCUCUGCUCAACACAGUGGAAAUGGAGGAGACCGUGUCUGACCUGCUAAGCAACAUGUUGGACACUGAACGCAAUGAGUCUGUUAUAGUCAAUGGUUUAUCUGUGAUACAAACACUUUUAGAAUUUAGAAAACAAGGUCCUGAAGGAUCGACAGAACAUAUUUCAACACUAGACACAGAACGAUUAGCCCAAGGUGUUAGUAAUGUUUUAUUAGCAAUUACACCAAGACUACGUGAUUUCCAUAAUUUACUCCUAACUCCACCCAAGCAAAAGUUUUGUACAAUGCCUACGUCAAUAGGAACGCUUGAGCCACCGCUUGGAAACACCAGACUGCAGAUAGCUCGUCUUGUAUCAGCACUCACUUUAACCAAUUCCCAUUCUGUUACAGUAGAAUUAGCCAAUUUGGGGACCAUGGGGGUUUUAGUAGAUUUAUAUUUCAAGUACUGUUGGAACAAUUUUCUUCACACGCAUGUUUCACAAUGUAUCAACACUGUGUUAUAUAACUCUCCUAUUGAAACCGAAGGAAAGAAGGAGCACCUACUUUUAGUCCAGUUAUUUUCAGAAUUCCACCUUGUUCAGCGAAUAAUGGAUGUGUGGGAGGAAAAUGAUCAGCAACAAAGUCGAGAAAAGGGUAGACGACGAGGCUAUAUGGGCCACUUAACCAAAAUAGCCAAUGACGUGGUAGCUGUUCUAGAAAAGGGUGAAAACACAGACUUACUCAAGGAGCAGAUCAAUGAACUUGAGGAAGAACACAGAGAAAAAUGGGAAGCCUUUGUCUCUGGUAGCUUAUCAGAACUAAACAAGAAAAAUACAAUAGAACUGGUACGGGGUCAUCCUAUCGCCUCCAGUAGUGACGAUGAGGACCCAGACUUUAGAGACAUUCCCUUCCCACAAGACGAGGCUAUACAGCAGGCCUUCUCUGAUUACCAGCUGCAACAAAUGACCAGCAACUUCAUCGACCAAUUUGGCUUCAACGAGGAAGAGUUCACUGAACAGGAAGGCAAACUUGACUCCCUUUUCACGGAGAGGAUAUCUAGUAUAGACUUUAACAUUCAAGCAAACGAGGAUCAUGCGGCAAGCUCUUCAAUGUUUGACCAGGCUUGCAAUGAAAAGAUCCAGCAGUUUGAUGACAAUGAAGACAGCGAUGAAGAUAUAUGGGAGGAAAAAGAGAUUACCUACUCACCAAGCUCACAGGCUAAAAGGUCGGGGCGUCUGACAGAAACCUCUGGUGAUGACAGUGACACAAGUACUGACAGCGAGGAGGAGCUUACCUCACCCAAAAGGAUUCUACAGCAACCAAGUGAGAACAUGGACGUUGACUCCAGUCAGGAUGCCUGGCAGGCCAACUUUGAUGAGGAGUCCACACCCAUUGCCAUGGACACUUCACCAUGGAACACUGCUACCCAGCAACCACAACAGCAGGAACAACCAAAUCAAACAGAGGGAGAGAACUGGGCUGAAUUCACCAACAAAAUACCAGUGUCACAAAACGAGGACAACUGGGCAGACUUCAGUAAUAUAGAUGAUCUUAGCAGUUCUGCCCCAGGACCUAGGAGUAGUUCUCCUGUGGAGAUGGAUACUACUGAUGUCAAUUCUCGGCCUGCUGCAUACUUGGCCAGAAGUGCCCCAGCAGACCUUGGAUCAUCUAUAGAACAGGUGAGCAACGACAUCAAGACAGAGGAUCUGGAAGUGGAGUCAUCAGAGGAACAUGUACAAGGCAGCGAAGUCACAUCCACGUCUGAUAUUGUCACCUCACCGAGGGCUCCAACAACCCCACGCUCUCCACCUUCGUCAUCUAGUGAUGCAAUCCCUCAGUCAUCCUCUCAAGAAACCACAACAGUCGGUGGGAAGAGUGAGGAGCCUUCAUCGUCCACAACUGAUGUAGCGAGUGACAGUGGGGCAGUUGAGGCUGACGUGUCCCAGACCAAGAAAGAAACCAACGGCAGUGGUGGCAAUAAGCAAGAGGAGACACCUUCAUCAUCAACAGAGGAGGCUGUAGGUGCUGACAGUCCAAGUGUCUUGACUAGUGCUGGAUGUGUCAAGGACACAUCACAGAAGGCUAUGGGGACCGCUGACCAUAUAGGAACCAAUGGGCCAGUAAAUGUACCCCAGUGUAUAGAGGAGCAUGCUAGUCUGUCUCAGGAACAAGUGGAAAACAGUAAUCAGGCCAAAGACUGUCUAGAAAAGAAGGACUGUGCAUUGCCCAGUGCCUCCCCAGCUACCAAUGUUGUUCAGAAUGGGCCAGUUUGAUUCCAAGUGAAGACAGGGUCUAACUGCAUGUGAACCAGUGAUCGGUUGGCAGCAAAAUGUCACAAUUAAAGCCUUAGAAUUCAAUUACACAGUAUGAUCCGUGAUGUUGGCCGAGACCCAAUGAACUGCUCAGCAGCAAUGGGACUCAAUGGCUCUUCACAAGGGAUGUUUAACAAAAAUGGGCUCUUACUAUGCCCAGUGUUCAGUGAUUAAACUGUCACCAAUACUUAACCUACCAAACAAAGAAUCAUACAGAUAUCAGUAUUGACCUAUGUUGAUUGAUUGCCAUUUGAGAGUGGAAUGUGCGACACUGAAGGAGGAAUGGUGGACUGAGUGUCCCCUACGUGGCAGUUGUUCGUAAUCUGAGGAAGGCCAGUGUUGGGAAGGGCACCGCCUCCUAGUGGUCAGCUGCAGUCUGCUGUUUUUGUGUUGGUGCUGUGUACAUAUACCACCUCAUGACGUUAAAAGACAAGUUUGUGCUGACAAUGAGUAGUGGAAACUUGCCAAAAUAAUAUUUUUAAACAAGAUAAACUUAAAAUAUUCAUGAAAAUAGGAGAUGACAAAACUGAUGUAUAUUUGACGCAUGUUUUAACUAAUUAUUGUUACAGAGAUUAGAACCUGGUUAGUAUGGUGAGCCAUCAUGCCAGAUGUCUGUAUGUUAUGUGAAUUGAAUCACUAGCUAGCUGUGAUCACUGUACACUUUUGGCCAGGCGGUUUUAGGUUGGCCUCAGUAUACACAACUUAGGGCUGCUUUGCUCACUACUGGCAGGGCAUUCGGUCAUUAUUCAUCUCAUCAUCAACCUUCUCAUUUCUCAUGGUACUUUGGAGUGGAUGUUACCUAACCAAGGACAGGGUAGUCACCAGUGCUGCAUCGCUGUUGUAGCCCUGACCUGGUUCGGUGCUGGUGAGAACAAAUGCUAUUUAUUGAAGUAAAGGUGACAGUGUGAGUGCAAGAUUGUAGUGUAUUGAAAUAUAUUAGCAUUGUUUCUAUUGAAUCAACUUAACAGUACCAAGGUAUUGUGCUGUAGAUAUUUGUUCCCUGUCUGUGUGAGCCUGGAUGUGUGUGGGAAGGAAAGCAUGUCAAGUUCGACAUGUACUGAUUGUGAGAGGAAAGAGUACUGUUUAAAAAUUAUAACUAGAGUAUUGAUCACAAGAAAUACAAUUCUUUUCCCACUGUUCUUGAAAUGCAACAUUGCAAAAUGCAAUAUAUAUAUCAGAUUUAUUUUUCCCCUUAAAAAUAUGCCUAAACUUAAUCUGAGAUAUAUUUUAUACAUCAUAGUGAUGUUUCUCAAAGGUAUAAGUAUUCAACUACAGACAUGUUGUGUGAAAAGUCGAGGAAAGCUGAUGUUAAGUUUCAAUAUUUGGACAUGUUUUAUAAGAUGUUAAUCAAAUGAUAAUGUUCAAGUGUUAGGUAGAAGGUCCAUUAUUAACAAGGUUGUGAUAUGUUUCUUUCUUGUAAUUAGUGUCAAACUGUUCGUAGUGCACAAUCUUUGACCCAUAGCCACUUCCUCCUUAACAACACAGUAUAACCAUCAUAUAGGAUACUACACCACAACCCUGUCCUGAGUAGUGGCUCAAGUCCACAUCCCAUAAUUAUUGAUAACAAUGCACUGAUUACAUUUUGUAUCUUCAUCAAAACUUAGUAAUCACAAAUGGUAACCGUUAUUGCAUGGACUAGUCUUAAUUAUCAGAAUAUGUUUCUAAUUAUGUGCAAAAAAUGAUUUUGAUACGGAAUGCUGUUGAGCCGGGUCCCGGUGAUUUAAAGCCAUACUGGCUACUGUUUUACAAGCAGUGUUCAGCUGUUUACAUGAUGAUUACUAGAUUAAUGAGAUUACUUACACACAAAAAAAAAUGAAUUGUAUGCUUGUCACUAUCAUUACUGAGGACUGAUCAUUAACGAUAUAUAUCUCGCCGUUUCAUGCUAAUGCCUUGACUCCUUCACUUGGUCACUAUUCAUCCUUCCUAAAACUUCUGAGGUGACUAGGUUUCAAUGAUGUAAUAAAGAAUUCAGUCUUGUGUUAUUCGCCAUUGUCCCUCACUUGUUUUGACUAAACAUGAGCUGUGCUGGUCACUGUCAUUCAUGUCUGAAACACAAGACGCCCAUUCUUACAGUUCAUCCAUGGUGGGAGAGUCAAUACUUUUCAUCCUUGGGAAAGUCUGUUGGACAUCAGAUGUCCCUGCAGGAACCUUGCACAAUGGUUCCUAUUUCAUCUGCUUUAUCUUAUUGGAGGUUGUAUACUUGCACAGCCAUCUGGUUACACUGUGGAAAAUUCUCACUGCAUAUUUAUACCUCAGGGACUGAAAAUGUGCAAGGAUAUCAACGAGUCAUUUUUAUGUUGCUCUUUUGUUUGAGUGAAAAUCCAAACAGUUAAAUAAAUUGAUCUUCAUACAAGCAGACUGGUGAAAAAAGGGUAUCGUGUAUAGAAUCCUGGAUAUUCCAUCUAUACAGGGGAUUGAAGUGGUUGGUUGGUGAUGAAGUUUUACUCUAUAGUAUUGCCGUUGUUAACCUACCAUUGGCAGACUACAUGUAAAUUCCAAACGAGUUGUGACCAGUCUUACCAUUUAACAAGUGCAUGCUUUAACUUAAAACCUUAAACCUGUGUGCUGUAAAGCCAAGGUGUAGCCAGUAGUGUCAAGUGUGUUUUAUAUUCUCUGAUGAUAAUACUGUUCUAAUAUGAUUAGGUGCUGCAGCGUAUUGUACAUAAACAGGUUUAUAUCUCGGACACAUUUGUGGCCAAGAUUUUUUUUUAUUUGAAAAGAUUUUAAACGAUGUGAUUUUGAGAUUGUGUCAAAAUUAAUACUUGUAGUCCUAGCAUUACUACCCCUUUCCUGUAUUAAAAUAAUAUGAAGCUGAAUGUUAAAUACAUUGCAUUGACAUUCCUGUGUUGAUGCACGGUUGAGAUAUUGAUUAUACAAUUAGAUAAAUACAAAAUGGAAAUGUGUAGAUGAGAGUCAACAUUGUAGAAUAGCAAGUGUUGAUGGCAACAGUGGGUAAAGUUAAAAAAAACCCACUCAAGUCUUGAUAAUUAUCUUGCACUAGCUUUAUACUAGUGUUGCACUUACAAAGCAACUGAAAUGAUACAUCAUCUUUUUUCUGUCCUAGAUAUUGAAAUGCCAUGCUCAGUAAACAAACUCAGAAUAUGGCAGUUUCCAUGUUUUGAAAUUUUUACAAAGAACCUGCUAAAAGUAGAAAAAUCAAUGCUCGUUAUUCCACAAAAAGUUGGAAAUGGUACAAUAUUGUGGUAUACUGUGAACAUGUUGAGUUCUAUCUAGUGUGAGUGCUUCUACGAAGCUUAGAAACCAAAGAUACAGAGAACAAAAAGAAUGUUGAGGACCCUGUUUUACCAUGAUUUAUUUUUGUCAUGUACUUUCGACUUUAAUUUGUUACAAGUGUUUGUGGUUAAGUAGUAUUUAUUACUUUACUAUCAUUUACUUUGGACUUUUACAUCUUUUUGUUGUACUAAGUUACAGUGGUUAAGUAGUAUUUAUUACUUUACUAUGCAACAGAAUUUGUGUAGUGACUUUAAACAUACCUCCUCUCUAAUUGACAAAUGUCAAGUUGACAACACUCAAUUUUCUGUUCUAUAGAAGAUAUAGUACAGUGUAUAAUUAAAUUUUCGUAGUUAAGCUUUUAUUGAGCCAGAAAGUUUUGAGCUGGUCAAAUUAACAAAACAAAACAAAUAUAACAUAUCUACUUUAUAGUGCUAUGUGUUUUGUCCCGCUAUAUCUGAUAUUUUAUAAGUUUGUGUGGGUAAUCAGGGCAAACUCUUAUCACUAUACAGUUAUGUAUUAUAAAUUAUACCUUUCCAUUAUGUCUAUGAAUCAUCUUUUAUGAAUGGCAUUGUGUACUGACAUGAUCUUUAAAAUAUUAAUACUGAUUGAAAAACAACCUGCACUGAAAUAUAGAAAAUACUCUUGUUACAGUUAAAUCAAUAUGUUAACUGGCAUUAAAAACAAUAUCAAUCAAAAACACUUUGAAGGCAAAAGUUGCUCAAAAGUAGUCCCAUUACAUUUGUAUUUCAAAAACAAAAUAGGAAAAAUCUCAGCAGUAAUUAAUUUAUGGUAGUAAAAUUAUUAUUUUAUGUGAUAUUGCAUUGAAUAUUUUUUUAGUCAUAUCCCCCUCCCCUUCAUUUCCCAUGUUCAGCAUUGAUGAGAGUUCUGGCAUCAUUUUAUACUAAUGAAAACAUUCCUGGAAAUGCAAUGAUGUAGCCGUGCCAUGUGUGUCGACUUGAAAGUCUUAAUUUGAUCUCGUGAUCAAAUUUGUUACCACUUUUUUUCCCAUUUUCUUACAUUUAUCUGACCAUUAAUACUUUGAGUUUGGUUAUUUUGAGUUUUUAUUCAGACUUGUUUUAUAAUGGCCAGCCUGUAAUUGUUUUUCCUUCUUUCCUAUUGUUUCUCCCUACCUGUCUCUCCAAUUGUAACUAGCGCAACAGUUGCCUGUGAUUUUACACUGAGUAUAGUAUUACCCAUUCUUGAGAUUUGCAGCUUUAGAAGCUGAAAUCUCGAGUCGAUGUUUAUGAUGUGGACAAGUUUUAAUACUUUUUUUUAUAUCCUGUCUUUCUAUGUACAGAACAGGGAACAGGGACAGACUGGUGACCAAUGGUCAGUGUGUUAUAAAUAUAUAUAUAUAUUAUGCAAUUCCAGGGAAAAGAAAUUUUAAAAACUGCAGACAUUGUAGAUAUAAUAAAUCACACGUUUUGUUGAUAAUGAAAAAGUUACAAAAAGGUGUGACGAAUGAUGAAGCAUUGUAAAUUUUCAACAAAAAAGUGUUUAUUUUGUCUGAUCAUAGAUAUCCAUUCAGAUGUACAUGUAUGAUAAAUACAAGACUAUAUUAAACUGAUGAAAUAUUU